AUGGGCCUGCCGGACAUAGAGACGAUACCCGAGACCGGGGCAGUGUUCACGAUCGGCCGUAGCAGAUUCGCGGACAACGUUGCGUCGCAUUUCUUCAUACGCAAGGAUCCUGUCGUCGCUAUCACCUGCGGGGACGAGCACUCCGCCGUGGUUUGUCAAACUGGAAGACUCUUCGUUUUUGGCAGUAACGACUGGGGCCAGUUGGGACUGGGUCAUAAGAACCACAUUAGCAAACCUUCAUGCGUGAAAAGAGGUCAGAAGAUCUUUGCGUGCGGUAGCAACCAAGAAGGUCAGUUGGGUCGAGAAAGUUCCGCCAUAGGCGACAGUUCCAGUUCUCCGAUCUUGAUCUACGAUUGCGGUCUCGCCGGGCCCAGAGUCCUUCAAGUCGCGGCAGGAUCGCAUCAUUCGAUGGCUCUAACGAGUGACGGGGGUGUUAUUGCUUGGGGAAGCAAUCUGGAAGGACAAUUAGGAUUGCCCGGUAUCUCGGGAUUGGUCACCAAGCCGACAAAAGUUCCCAUUCCAGAACCGGUGAAGGAAAUCAGCGCGGGAUAUUAUCAUUCAGCUUUUCUAACCGAAAGCGGUCUGGUUUAUGUCUGCGGCGAAUCGGAAAGCGGCAAACUCGGGAUCGAUGUCAACUUCUCUACGCAAGUUGCACCGAAGCAAAUGCAGUUGCCAGCGCCGGCUCUGCAUGUUGCAUGCGGCGGUCAUCACACACUCGUGUUAGCAGCAAAUGGCAAUAUUUACUGCUCCGGCAGUAACGCCAACGGUCAACUUGGCAUGGGCACGAAUGUCAACGAGGUGCACACGCCGAAACUUCUUCCACGCGGGGCUCUCCAGGACGAGACCAUCGUCAAAGUAGCUUGCGGCGAAAGCCACAGCGCUAUACUCACCGAGUCGGGCAAACUCUUCACCUGUGGAGACGGGCGACACGGAAAGUUGGGUCUAGAGGAAAACGAGAACAACGUUCACGAGAUAACGCUUGCUGCCAAAUACCAGGAGCUGUUCGUUUCGAACGUCUCGUGCGGGGGAUGUCACACGAUAUUGGUUGGUCGGAGACACGAGAUGAAUUAUCAAUCACAACGGCAAUCGGACGCUACUCAAAUGGAACAAUCGCAGAAAAUAAACUCUCUACCUCCCUUAAAACUUCCUGUAAAUAUGCAAAAUGAACAACGACUGGAUAACGCGGAAAGCAAAUCGACAAGUGAAAAAGAGAAAAUUAACGAUAUGGAGAAAAUUAACGAUACGGAGAAAAUUAACGAGGAACCACAAAAUAAUAACGAUGAAUCGAGUUCUUUGGAGAACGCGACGAUGAAUAAUUCGAACCUUGUCAACAGCACAUCGAAGAAAGACGAAGAUAAUGAGAGUCACGAGGAAUCCUCGGAAAAUGUUCCAUCCGAGAAUCCAGAAAGGAAAAGUCCAAUCGAAGAGUCGCAGCCAACUGGCGACGAAGAUCAAUCGAAAGUCGAAGAAAAUGAGCAAAAUGAUAAGAAUAAUGAAAGCAAAGAAAACAGCAAUGAAAGCGACAAGACAGAUAGCCAGGAUGAUAACGAGAAGACGGAAAAUGCAGCGAUGCGAGAGGCCGAAGAAUCGCAUACGGAAGAAGCAGCAACGACGGUAACAGACGAAACCGAACGGGAAACGUCGAUGAAUACCAUACCGCCGCCAAAACCACCGAGAAUAAAAUCCGGAAACGCCGAGGAUACGUCGAACAACGAAAAGGAGUCUUUAAAGGAAAGCAACGGAGUCGAAGAAAUUAAAAAAGAAGAAGGGGAAGAAGAGGCGAAAGAGAGCGACGAACGAAUUGACAGCGCAAAGUCGUCUGAUAAAAAGCCAAAGUCAGCAGCUUUCAAACGUGGCGAUGAAGAUAUCGUAGAUGUUACGGAGAAUUCGAUUGACAAAGUGGAGGAGGACGGACAUUCUAAAGACCCUGAGAAAUCGGAAAUGGAUGGGACGCAGGAUGAUGCCGAUGUAGUGCAGUCGCCAGCACCGCGGACAGGUAAGAUGGCAAAGUUGUUCAAAGCAAAACGGCAACAAGAAAUUCAGAAUGGAAACACGGGCAGCGUAGCGAAUCCAAAGGCUAAGUCAAAAACGUGCACUAUUCUGUGAUCGAGGAGACUUCGAAGAGACACCUGGACUCAUUAUAUUUUUUAUAA